CAGCCACCAGACUCCAGAGCCCCCCCUCCCCACCAAAGGUCACAGCCCCCUCCCCGGCAUCUCCCAGCCAUAGCCCGGCAGCCGGCAGCCCCCCCGCCCCAUGGCGGCCAAGUGGUUCAGGGAGUUCCCCUCCAGUCUGAAGACGGCUUCGGAGCGGGCCAGGCCGGGCAGCGGGAGCUUGGGCAAGCUGGGCAGCGCCUCCCGGAAGCCCCUGGGCCCCGCCGAGCCGGGCCCCGGCCCAGUGCAGGGCAAAAACCACAAGAACUCGGCGGCCGAGCUGGGGGGCUGCCGGGCGGCUCCGGGGCCCGGCAAGGAUGGCGGCAGCAGGCUGUCCCGGGACAACCUGCAGGGGCUGAUCCAGGCCGCCACGGGCAAGAUGCGCAAGAACUCACGGGCUGAAGGCAGCCCCCAGGAGGGCGCCCCCAAGGGCCCCGGCUGCAGCACCUACAUGAACCGGCUCAUCAAGGUGGACGCCCAUGAGAAGAAUGGGAAAAGCUACCCCAGCGGUAGCCCAGCGCCCAGCCCGGCGCCGGAGGAGGACAAGGGCAAGACCCCUAAACAGGAGACGGUCAUCAUUCUGGAGGACUACGCCGACCCGUACGACGCCAAGCACACCAAGGGCCAGCGGGAGGCGGAGCGGCUGGGGGAGAACGACGGGUACAUGGAGCCCUACGACGCGCAGCAGAUGAUAACGGAAAUCCGCAGGCGGGGCUCCAAGGACCCGCUGGUCAAAGCCAUCCUGCUGCUGGACGGGCCCGGGGAGCCGGGGGAGGGCGGCCCCCGGCCGGACGCGGCACCCAAGCGGCAGGGCUCCAAGGAGCAGCUGGGGAAGGCCCCGCCGCAGCUCUAUGACACCCCCUAUGAGCCCGGGGAGGCGCCGGCCAGCACCCUGCAGGACAGGAGGGCGCGGGUGGUGGACAGCCGGCUCCCGGAGAACGACGAGCGCCCUGCCGCGGAGUACGAGCAGCCCUGGGAGUGGAAGAAGGAGCAGAUAGUGAAGGCUCUGUCAGUCCAGUUUGAGGGAGCAGAGCGGGCGGGCGCCCCCAAGGACGAGGCGCUGCGGCAGCACCAUCGCCAGAAGAGCUGGACUCCCAAGACCCUGAAGCCGACGCUCCCAGACCACGGCGAGGGCGAGCGAGUGGACCCAGCCCUGGCGCUGGAGAAGCAGCCAGCCAGGACUCGGGCCCUGCAGGACAUGCUCAGAAACCCAGCCCGUUCUCUGCUCCUCACAGCUGGUACCAUGGAGCCAUCACCCGGGCCGAGGCCGAGAGCCGGUUGCAGCCCUGCAAAGAGGCCGGUUACCUGGUGCGGACCAGCGAGACGGGGAAUGGCAAAUACUCCAUCGCGCUCAAGACCAGUCAGGGAUGCGUCCACAUCAUCGUGGCCCAGACCAAGGACAACAAGUACACACUGAGCCAGACCAGCGGGGUCUUCGGCAGCGUCCCCGAAGUGGUGCAUCACUACUCCACAGAGAAGCUGCCCUUCAAAGGGGCGGAGCACAUGACCCUGCUGCACCCCGUGCACAGCAAGCUGCAUUAGCGCGGCCGUGCCCAGCCAGCUGCCUGGGGCUUCGCCACGGACUUCGGGGCAGCCAGAGGGCCGGGCGGGCUCGUGCGUGGAGCCAGGUGCAUCGCGGGAGCGGCAAGCGCUCCGGGGCCCACCCUGGGCAGAGUCAAAGACCCCGCUCCCCAGCAUGUCU